UACUACCAGUGUUGACUAGGUCGAAAUCGAAGCUCUUCACUGCAUCAAAGUAGAAGAAGAUGUCAAGAACACCAUAGCCACAGCUUCACUGGACUGGAAUGCCUUAUCGCAAACCUCCAAUCUUCAACAGACCAAUUUCAGGUUUAACAAAACCAACACCUCUCGAUUGGAGAAGUCACUACAAGCAGACCCAACUCGUCUCCCAAAUCUCUUCCACCCUUUUACAGAGACACAAUUGGACUCCUCUUCUCCGCAACCUCAAUAUCUCUUCCAAACUAACCCCAUCUCUCUUCCUCCAGAUCCUCCAUGAAACCCAAACCAACCCACAAACCUCCCUCGCUUUCUUCAAUUGGGUCAAGUCGAAUUUAGGUUUUCAACCAGACCUCGAAACCCUCUGCAAACUCACCCAGAUCCUAAUCGUGUCCGGACUCACCCAAGACGCAAAACCCAUAUUGGAUUCUCUAAUUCAAGCCUACCCACCGACCCAGAUUAUUAAUUCCUUGAUCCAAGCAUGCCAAGGUACGGAUUCACACUCCCCUGUUUUGAGUUCUGUCGUUGAAUGUCUUUGCAAGAAGGGUUUUUUCUUGCAAGCCUUAGAGGUUUUUGUGAAAUGUAAAGAGAAUGGAUAUAUUGUUUCAAUUCGUAGCUGUAAUGCGUUGCUGAAUGUGUUACAACAAGAAAAUGAGAUUAGAUUAGCAUGGUCUUUCUAUGGUAUGAUGCUGCGUAAUGAGGUUUUAGCUAAUCAGUCUACAUUGUCUAUAAUUGCUCGGGUUCUUUGCAAAGAUGGGAAGUUUGAGCGUAUUGUUCGGAUUUUAGACACGAAUAUAUAUAAUUCUGUGAUAUAUAAUCAGAUUAUUGAUUGUUAUAGUAAAAGAGGGGACUUCAAAGCUGCAUUUGAUCACUUAACUGAGAUGUGCAAUAGAAAGCUCGAUGCGGGUUUUAGUACUUAUAGUUCAAUUCUUGAUGGGGCUUGUAGAUUUGGAGAUGUUCAAUUGACUGAAAUGGUAAUGGAUUGUAUGGUGAAGAAGGGAUUUCUUUCAGAGCUUCUGCUACGAGAUUAUGAUUCGAUCAUUCAGAAGCUGGCUGACUUGGGUAGGACAUAUGCAGCAGAUAUGUUUUUAAAGAGAGCUUGUGAUGAAAAGAUUGAAUUACAGGCUGCUUCUUAUGGGUGUUUGCUGAGGGCAUUUUCCAAUGAAGAAAGAGUAAAGGAAGCAAUUGGGAUAUACCGCAGUAUAUUGCAAAGUGGUGUUGAAGUAAAUGAGAGUUGUUAUAAUGCAUUUGUUAAUGUUCUUUGCAAGGAAGAUCCUUCGGUGGAAGUCAGUGAAUUGUUGACAGAGAUGAUUAGAAGAGGGUUUGUUCCUCGUGGAUCGGAAAUAUCUACAUUUAUAAAUUCUCAAUGUGAUCAAGGUAGAUGGAAAGAAGCGGAGGAGCUUAUGAAUGAAAUUCUAGAGAAAGGUUUCUUUCCUGAUUCUUUUUGCUGUUGCUCAUUGAUAGAGCAUUACUGCUCUAGCAAACAGAUUGAUUCAGCUAUGGCACUGAAUAAUAAGAUGGAAAAAUUGGAAGGUACACUGGACAUAGCAACAUAUAACUUACUCCUUAAUGGGCUUUUUAAAGAGAAGAGGAUUGAAGAUUCAGUUAGGGUAUUUAAUUACAUGAGUAAAAAGAAUUUGAUCAGCAGUGAGAGUUUUUCUGUUAUGAUCAGCGGGCUCUGUCAUGAAAAGGAAUUCAGGAAAGCCAUGAAAUUACAUGAUCAAAUGUUGAAGAUGGGACUUAAACCUGAUGAAAAAUCAUACAAACGUUUGAUAUAUGGGUUCAAAUGAUAUAUUGUCAUAGAUUCUUGCAUGUUAUGUAUUGAUGUUCAUCAGCACUCUUGUAGCCUACCUUCAGCAGAUGCGCAUUAUAGCCUAUCAGGUGGGAUACAGUUAUUUAGUACUCAACAAAGCCUUUCUCUACUAUUUGGGAUACUAUUUUUUCUGCUACUAUAGUGGCAAUGAAAUUUUUGGUAGAAUACAACAUUUUAAUGUUCAUGUAUACACUGAGUUUCCAUUAUGUUUUUUAGCUUUAUGUUUAUAUAUACACUGAUUUUCCAUUAUGAUUUUGUUAAAACAUAAUUUGUUUGGGAGAGAUGUGAGGAAUAUGUUUCGUUUCUUCCUAUAUUUUUUAUAAUAAUAAAUUUUUUAUCCUCUUCAUUGCUGAACCAUGUGUAUCUUGCACCAUGCACAUAUGUUGGCUUGAUUUUCCUCUGAAUCUGUUGGUGGAUAUAUAGAUUUUGCUGCAUAAACAUUUAUGAGAAGUACCAUAUUUUCUUCUAUGCUUUGAUGUCUGCAGCAUCUUAUGGUAAUCCUCGACAUUCAUGUUUAUCUUUUAGUAUUACUUUAGCUAUAUAAAUCAAUUUUGAAAACCUCUCUUUCUUUUUUUCUUCCUAGGAGUAUCCCAAUCUGCAACAUUGUACCAUUUCAUUUAAGAUUUCGUCAUUCAUUUUUUUUUUU